AUGGCGUAUAUGACACAAAGGACAUCCAUAAUUGUCUACCUUGUCUUUCAUUUGAUCAGUAGUCUUGUGAUUUGCACCAGAGCAGACCUAAUAAGUGAGUGCACCGACACCACUAUUUGUAUUGGAACCUAUGCUGACAUCUACAAAUCCUUAGCAUCAGAUGUGAACAGUUUUAACAUCGAAUCCGCCUUAUAUCCGGCAAAUGAGCCUUCCUCAGUUCUAGUCUUCGUCAAUAUAUAUGGUCAGAAUGGACCAGAUAAAGCAGGCAACGAUUCCAUACCUGCUGUAAUGAAAUACACAUGGAGUUUAAGAAGCCUUUAUGCUGCUUUUCCCGCUGUUUUCCUGGAGAUCUCAUCCCUUUUCUCGAUACUGGUGACUCCACGCACGCAAGAACUAAACAUCACGAUUCCAUACUUUUGCUGCAAUGUUUCUGUAAAAGACAGGAAAAGAAUGAUUAAAACUAUACUGGCUGCCGUAAGUAUUUCAAAUAGCUAUUUUUUAUUAGCACACAAAGCCCCAUUCGCGAAUUCAAGAUGUUAGCGCAAUGCUCAACCAGUUUGCUUAGAAAUUCCGAAAAGUUUCUGAUGAGUCUUUUAGCUGAGACGAAACGCAGCAUGUUAUUAACCACGAAAUAUUUUUUCACAAGUAUUUAACAAUUUCUAUCGUAGAAAUAAUUAAAAAUGUCCGUAAUACAAAAUUUCAAUCUCACUUUACCUAAACCGUCACGUUCACAUUUUUCUUUUCUACAAAAAUAUUUUGGACUCAUCCUCACUGAUACAUUUUGAGUGGUUUGUGUAUCAAUAUGCUGUUGCGGCUGCUCGACGCCCAGCCGUCGCCUGGGUCCUCAUACGGAACAUUUAAGUUUUUCGUGCAUGCCCGGUGGCGGCAUCCUCGAACGGUGCCACGAGGCCACCGAGUUAACACCUUUUUAUCUCGUUCGGUUUUUCGAUUUUUGGUCUUAAUGUUAGACAAUGUAAAAUUUUGUGCGAGUUUUCUCAAAGCCCUCGUGAAGGAUUUUGGAUUAAAUUUUGAUAUUUCAAAUGGUUAGUCACCGUUCGCGGCAACAAUUCUUUCCUGAGUAGUUUGAAAAUGAGAAGUUUAUACCCUCCGUAACAAAAAGGUAUCUCUUUACAUCCCUAGCUCUACGAGGGCCAUUUCUGUACAAAGGCCACUGUACCCUGUGUGGAGAGGGUUCAGUUAUAUUAAGUCGCCUCAAACUCAGUAAAAUGUUACAAACUAGCUUAGUUUUUGUGCUUUUCAGUUGUCUGUGUUCACUUAGUGUUUCAGAUAUCGGGCCUUGGCGGUCAGAAAACUUGAUCUUGGAAACCAAUUUUUGUCUUUUUUUGUUAGUUUUGUCUUUGUCUUAUGCCAUUCAUUUAGCAAUGGUUACGGCGUAGCUGUCAGUCAGGGUGCAAGAAUUGUAAAGUUAUGUUAGGCUUGUAAGAUUCCAUCUAUCUCCGGCCUCGUUACUAUGCCCUCUUAACACAAAAUUUGUUUUUAAGAGGGCAUAGUAACGAGGUUGGCAACCCGAUUGGUUCUUAGGGUAAGCAAAAUUUUCUCCUUUCUCUGCCCACAGGUAGUGCUAACACUUCGUUAAAUUCUCUUGUUAUAUUUUCGUGAAUUAAUAAGCAAGCAAUCGUCAUUCUUUUGACGUUUUAAAAAACAUUUAACCCUCGGCAUUUCACCGCGUCGGAUUGCCAAAGGACUCCUGUUUACGCGUCCCAUCAAAUCCCAUCAAAUUUCCAUAAAGGAAAACCUUCGUCGACCCUUGUGGAAAUGCCUAUUUUUCAACUUCUUGGAUCAGUUGGUGCGAGUUAUUUAAUUGGCUAAUGAUAUACAACACCGAUGACGUCAGGAGCAAGCCUCUCGUCAACCUAUCAGACGGGAAGAGGAAGAACAUGCCAGGGGACAUAUAUAUAUAAAUAUAUCACAACAUAUACAUAUAACAUUUCUGUUAUUGGCAAAUCAAUGAGUGGUUUAUAACGUCUAAUUUACUGACUGCCAAAGGCCUUUUAAAUCGAAAAUGAUGACUUCCGCUUAGGUUGUCGAAACCUCCGUCAGUGAUCACUACCUCCAGAACUGCUUAAAUAAAAUACUCCUGCUAUCACCGGAAACGGUUUUUCACUGUUACAUGCUCCACUAUUAUAAUCUCGUCUGAUGUAUAAUUUUUUUUUCAGCUUCAAGACCUUGCUGUAACUCCUGGUUUGCGAGAUCCACGCUUGAAUUUUGCAGAAUCUGUCAUAGAAGGGCACAUCCCAGACAUGAAGACUACUGAUCGUUCUUAUUUAAGGGUAGUUUUGUGGUUUUCUUUCCUGUGUCCCAUGUUUUUUGGUCCAUUUUUAUAUUUUUGGGUCUUACAAUACUUAAAAGAUGACACUCAAUGCACAUCACUCUCCGCGGGUGACGAUGGAAACCGUAGUAGGGUGGAUUAUAUUUGUCGUAGAAACGAAGAACCAUUGAUAUGUUCAGUAACUCUAUUUUGUUGUUUCCCGUUGCUGAUAGAGGUCAUGUUUGCUUUAGCUAGAGUGUGGACAUCCACCGAAAUUUCAAAAAGAGGAAAUAUGUCGCGAGACUUUAUUGUACUCCUUGCACAUAUACCAGAAUGGUUAGUGAUGUGCUGUUGUAACUGCCUUUGUUGUGAAGAUUUGGAUAUUAGUUCAUUUUUCAGCAGAUUAUUGCUGAUUAUGUGCACGAGCUUGGUUAGUUACCAUUUGGGCUGGGUUGCGGUGGGUAUCAUGGUUAAUCCAGCUUGA